CUGCGCCCGCCACUGAGGCGAGCCUGCGCCCGGAGAGCACAGCCCCGGGGCUGCCCGGCCGCCCAGCUUUUGUCAUGAUGGCCAGUUAUCCUGAGCCGGAGGAGACCGCGGGGACCCUGCUGGCUUCGGACAGCGGGCGCACAGUCAAAGAGCCCGAUGCGCCGCCGCCGAGUCCAGGCAAGGGCGGAGGGACAGCGCCGGAGAAGCCUGACCCCGCGCAAAAGCCCCCCUACUCGUACGUGGCGCUCAUCGCCAUGGCGAUCCGCGAAAGCGCCGAGAAGAGGCUCACCCUGUCCGGCAUCUACCAGUACAUCAUCGCCAAGUUCCCGUUCUACGAGAAGAACAAGAAGGGCUGGCAGAAUAGCAUCCGCCACAACCUUAGCCUCAACGAGUGCUUCAUCAAAGUGCCGCGCGAGGGCGGCGGCGAGCGCAAGGGCAACUACUGGACGCUCGACCCGGCCUGCGAGGACAUGUUCGAGAAGGGCAACUACCGGCGCCGCCGCCGCAUGAAGCGGCCUUUCCGGCCGCCACCGGCGCACUUCCAACCCGGCAAGGGGCUCUUUGGGACCGGAGGCGCGGCGGGCGGCUGCGGUGUGGCAGGCGCCGGGGCCGAUGGCUACGGCUACCUGGCGCCUCCUAAGUACCUGCAAUCCGGUUUCCUCAACAACUCCUGGCCCCUGCCGCAGCCGCCCUCGCCUAUGCCCUACGCCUCUUGCCAGAUGGCGGCGGCCGCGGCCGCAGCCGCAGCGGCCGCAGCCGCCGCCGGUCCGGGCAGCCCCGGUGCAGCCGCAGUGGUCAAGGGGUUGGCGGGCCCGGCAGCCUCCUACGGGCCUUACUCGCGCGUGCAGAGCAUGGCGCUGCCUCCCGGCGUCGUGAACUCCUACAACGGCCUGGGAGGCCCUCCCGCCGCGCCCCCGCCGCCGCCGCACCCCCACCCGCACCCUCACGCACACCAUCUGCACGCGGCCGCCGCACCCCCUCCAGCCCCACCACACCACGGAGCUGCCGCGCCACCCCCGGGUCAGCUCAGCCCGGCCAGCCCCGCUACCGCUGCGCCCCCGGCACCCGCGCCGACAAGCGCGCCCGGCCUGCAGUUCGCCUGCGCUAGGCAACCCGAGCUCGCCAUGAUGCAUUGCUCUUACUGGGACCACGACAGCAAGACUGGCGCGCUGCACUCGCGCCUGGAUCUCUGAGAGCCACCGCGUGCGGACGCGGCCCCGGAAUGGAGGAGCGGAGCUCGGGUCGCAGCCACAGCAGCCGGCCGGACAGCGCACACUCUGGGACAGCUUCUUGAGCCACAGCCCUCGAGCCUCCUCAGCCUUCUCGUUCCGUCCCGCUCCUGCGACUCCACUUUGUCGCCUCCGCUGCUCCUCCGGUGCUCUUCCCACCACGGCCUCUGCCUUCGCGCGCUCCUGGCGGGAGGCCGCCCUCUCCGCGCUUUCCGCAGGCCUCUUGUCCCCUAGGAAUCCCAGAGUCGCCGCAGGGAGUGAGUCCCCGGCCUAGGUGCAGUCGAGGUGCCCAAGGCGCUGACCUUUUGGCCUUCUCUUCCAGGUCGGUGGACUCAAACUCAAUUUUCUCCCCACCCCGACUGCCGCGCUGUCUAAGGCUAGAAGCGCUGAGCUGCUCGGGUAGUGGGACCUAUAAGGCCGGAGAAAGAGGGGAAAACGUGUCUGAUCACUCCGCUAUUCCUCCUGGAACCGAUCAGAAGACGCUCGCCUAGGGGCCCACUGGGCGGGGCGGGGGUUGAGCCCCAGGCUGGAGCAGGGACAGCCUCGUUCCGCGGCCU